AUGAUUGUGGAGGCUAGCAAGUCCAAAAUCUUCAGGUGGGAGGUGUUCCCGGGCCGCAACCGCUUCUACUGCGGCGGCCGCCUCAUGCUGGCCGGCCACGGCGGCGUCUUCGCGCUCACGCUGCUGCUCAUCCUCACCACCACCAUCCUCUUCUUCGUCUUCGACUGUCCCUUCCUGGCUCGCCAGCUGACCCUCGCCAUCCCCAUCAUCGCCGCCAUCCUCUUCUUCUUCGUCAUGAGCUGCCUGCUGCAGACAAGUUUCACUGACCCUGGAAUCCUGCCCCGGGCCACUGUCUGUGAGGCAGCCGCCCUGGAGAAACAAAUCGACAACACAGGCAGUUCCACGUACCGGCCACCCCCUCGGACUCGGGAGGUGAUGAUCAACGGGCAGAUGGUAAAGUUGAAGUACUGCUUCACUUGCAAGAUGUUUCGGCCACCCCGGACCUCACACUGCAGUGUCUGCGACAACUGUGUGGAACGGUUUGACCAUCACUGCCCCUGGGUGGGCAACUGUGUGGGGAGACGGAACUACCGCUUCUUCUAUGCGUUUAUUCUCUCCCUCUCAUUCCUGACGGCCUUCAUCUUCGCCUGCGUGGUCACCCACCUGACGCUGCGUUCUCAGGGAAGCAACUUCCUUUCCACUCUGAAGGAGACACCGGCGAGUGUGCUGGAGUUGGUGAUCUGCUUCUUCUCCAUCUGGUCCAUCCUGGGCCUCUCAGGGUUUCACACUUACCUCGUCGCCUCCAACCUGACAACUAAUGAAGAUAUCAAAGGCUCGUGGUCCAGCAAGAGGGGCGGUGAGGCCUCCGUCAACCCCUACAGCCAUAAAAGUGUUGUCACCAACUGCUGUGCUGUGCUCUGCGGCCCCCUACCUCCCAGCCUGAUUGACCGGAGGGGAUUUGUACAGCCUGACACCGUGUUGCCCUCGCCUGUCAGAAGCAACGAGCCAACCCAUGGAGCCAAGCCCGAUGCCAGCAUGGUAGGAGGCUACCCCUGAACCGGGCUCUGUACUUGCCACCUGCUGGCCUGUCCUGUCCGCCUCUCAGCACUCACCUGCCACCCUCCACACCUGCCGGGACCCUCCCAUUCCACCCGAGGGAAGCAGAGCCGCCAAAGACUCGAGUCUUGUCGUAUUUAUUUCCCACCCUGCGUGGCUUGCCCCACACUGUUCCAUGGCUGUACCCUCUGCUCCCCAAACCCAGGUUCCCACAGCCUUGGGCCCGAGAUCCCCCAGUGAUCAGUGGCAGGAGGAACAGGAUAGAGAGGCCAGGGCCCCUGUGGCCCCCGGAGGUACCAUGGCAAGUCUCUGCCUGUGCCAGGGCGAGCCCUGUGUGAGUGAGAGUGCGGACGAGUGUGACCCCUCCCAGUAGGGGGAGCUGCUGGGUCCUGUGAGCUGGGGUCCUGGGGUGAAUGAAGUAGGACCAGCGAGCAGUAGGCUCUGGACAGUGGGCUGUGGGAGAGGACGCCUCCACAAGCUGCUUUGGUUUGUGGGCUCCUUCAUUCUUUUUGUGAUAAUCAUUGUUCAUUUUUUUUUCCCUUUGGAGUUGGCCAACAGAGUAGAGCUGGAGUUCCAGGUAGAGAAGGCAGAGGUGGGGCUGGAUGGGGGGCAGCCUGUGUCAGAAGAAGCCAGACCAGCCAGCCAGGCACCCGAGACCUCAGCUCCUCCGUGAUUCCUGGGCAGCAUACCAAGAAUUGGGGGCCUUGCCCUCUCUGCCCAUGGAAGGUUCUCCAUGGGGUCCUGGCCUGCCUCUCUACCCCCCACCUCUCUCCCAAGUCAGGUCUAAGGAUGGAGAGAUUAUACUCAUGCUGGCAAUACUUGAAACGGGUUUAUUAAUGCUGGGUAUUUUGCACAAUUUUAUAGACCUCUUUUCUACGUAACAUUUUUUUAAAUGGAAGAAGAAAAAGUCAGCCACAUUGCUAUCCGUGUAGUGCCAGGUUAAGGGUUAUCAGAAGGCAAGAUGGUUUUAAUAAGUUUAUUACAAGAGACCUUCUGGCCCUGAGUGAGUGAGUGAGUGUGUGUGUGCGUGUGUGCGUGCGUGCGUGCGUGCGUGCGUGCAUGUGUGUGCACACACGCUCUUGUUCAAAUGUGGCUGGGUCCCACUUCCCCACAUCCCCAUGGCUGCCCUCCUCCCUGCCAUCCCCCUUGAGUGUCAGCAGGCAGCAGCAGGAGCAGCUUAAGCCAUGGGGAUAGGGAGCCUGUACAUUGGUUACAAGAGACCCCUCAGCUCCUGCUGCAGCUCAGCCCUCAUCCUAUCUUUCCCUCCUCUAAGGACUUGAGAUAGCCAAUGGCUGGGGACUCAGCCACUCACCCCCUGACCCCACCCCUCCCACCCAGCCCCCAGGUCAGGCUUCAAGCUGGGAUCUGCCUAGACAGGCUAAGGUUGGGUGUGGUGGAUGAGGUAAUGGCUGUGGGGAGUGGCUGUUGUCUACAAGCCACACCCCCUCCUCCAAGCCCUGAGUAUGGGCUAGAGGAGAGGGAGUCACUGCCAACUGGAGGCCUCUAACCAGAGAAAAGGAAGGAAGGAGCAGAGUGUGCCAAGAGGCGAGUGAAGAUUGGCCUAAAUCUGGGCCAGAAACUCAGAGGAUGUCCCUCCUCUGAUGGGAGCUAUAGUUUCUUGUCACAUAGAUAGAAAAUUGUGCCUCUGUCCCCCUCCUUGGCCCUUCAAGUGGGCUGAAAAAGACACAAGGAGGUCCCCGCAUCUAGCCCUUUCUUGCUCCAGAGGCUAGUUAGCUCACAGGCAGCUGAGAAGUGGCAGCCACAGAGGGUCCCCUCUGGGAGAAACAGCUUCACCCCAGCCUCAGGGCCCUGGGCCAUGCUGCAGUGGCACUGGGAGGUGGGGAAGAAGUUGGCUAGAGGAGGGGACUCCCAACUGCCUUUUAUUUAAGCCAGUAUUCUUUGUUCCUGCUUGUAAUAAAACUUUUUAAGAGUUGA